UACGGCACAGAUCUCUGAACAGCUUUGUGUUGUCACAAAUCCAGCCGUUAACGUUGCGUCUAAAUAAACAAACCGUUUCCAAAUCAGCCCCUUGACAGACCUCUUUAUCUGUCUUGGAGAGUGGCACAGCCGAGGCGUAACAUUUUGAAAGGUUGUGUUUAGGAGACAUCGGAAGAGAGCGUGGAGGACUUAAGGAGCUUUUGAAGGAACGAAUCACGUUUUCUAAAGGGGAAAAUCAAACAACUGAAAGUUUUAUUGUCGAAGGAGCCUUUGGAGUAACAUUGUGACCAGCAAGAAACCAUUCAACUCCGACCUCCGAUGCAAAGGCUCUAUGACAUAAAGCCUGUCCUCAGAUUCAGCUGGUCCCUGGGGAGAGCUGCCGAGGAACUUACAACUCUGACGCCCCGCUGCCAUUUUCCACAGCCUGUGGGUAACCAGGAAGCAGCCGGCAGGAGCCAUGCCUGCCCUGGCCACCGGAGCCGGCCACGAGCCAGGUCUGUAUGAGCUGCUGGCGGCUCUGCCCUCCCAGCUGCAGCCCCAUGUCAGCCGCCCUGAGGACAACACCUUCCUCCAGGACAUGUUUGGGGAGAGAAGCCUCCACUCGCUGGUCAAGAUCCAUGAACGGCUGCAGCACUACGAAGAGAGCAAACCCGUCCCCAUCCUGGACAGCGCUGCAGCUCUGGCCCAUGAAUUGUCUGAGGAGCUGGAAGGGAAAUCAGAAAAUGGUGAAAUCAAAGAGCUUCUCCAGCUACUGGCCAAACACCAUGUGAAGAGCCUUCUGUCAGUCCAUGACACCGUCGCCCAGAAGGGUUACGACCCCGAACUACCUCCACUGCCUGAAGACAUUGACGAUGAUGAGGAUUCGGUGAAAAUCAUAAGACUCGUCAAAAACAAGGAACCUCUUGGAGCAACAAUAAGGCGCGACGAACACACAGGGGCCAUCCUUGUGGCCCGGAUUAUGAAAGGCGGGGCAGCCGACAGAAGCGGACUGAUUCAUGUAGGAGAUGAACUGAAGGAGGUUAAUGGAAUCCCUGUGGAGGACAAGAAACCAGAGGAAAUCAUUCGUAUUCUGGCCCAGUCGCAAGGAGCCAUUACCUUUAAAGUUGUCCCUGCCGUCAAGGAGGAGGUGCCAACCAAAGACCCAAAGGUGUUUGUGAAGGCGCUCUUUGACUACGACCCUAAGGAGGACAAAGCCAUCCCAUGUAAGGAGGCUGGACUGGCCUUCAAGAAGGGCUCCAUCCUUCAGAUCAUGAGCCAAGAUGAUGCAACUUGGUGGCAGGCCAAACACGAGGGGGGCACCAAUCCCCGUGCUGGCCUAAUCCCGUCCAAACAGUUCCAGGAGAGGAGAUUUGCACUGCCGCGACCUGCUGCGACUCUCCCGCUCCAGAGGACCUCUAGCCGAAGAUCAUCUGGGUUCAGGAGAAGCUUCCGUCUCAGCAGGAGGGACAAGAAGACCAACAAGUCCAUGUACGAGUCUAAGAAAAGUGAAAUGUACGACAUGGCUGACGUGCCCACGUACGAGGAGGUCGCCCCGCACCGUAGGCAGAGUGGAGCUAAACACAGGCUGGUGGUCCUAGCAGGACCUACAGGAAUUGGCUUGAAUGAGCUUAAGAGGAAACUAUUGAUCUCAGACCCCCAGCACUUCAGUGUGACCAUCCCACACACCAGUCGGGCCAAGAGGAACCAGGAGAAUGACGGCGUAGAGUACUACUUCAUUUCCAAACAUCUCUUUGAGACGGAUAUCCACAACAACAAGUUCAUCGAGUAUGGCGAGUACAAAGGGAAUUACUACGGGACAAGUCUAGACUCGAUACGCUCCGUCCUCUCCAAGAAUAAAGUGUGCCUACUGGAUGUCCAGCCCCAUACAAUAAAGCACCUGCGGACGGCAGAGUUUAAACCCUUUGUGGUGUUUGUGAAGCCUCCUACGAUUGAGAGAUUGAGGGAGACCAGACAGAAGGCCAAAAUCAUAUCAGGCAAAGACGACAAGGCAUCUGCCAAGCCAUUCACGGAGGAGGACUUUCAGGAGAUGGUGAAAACUGCCCAAACGAUGGAGACUCAAUAUGGCCAUCUGUUUGAUAAGGUCAUAGUCAACGAUGAUCUCUCUACAGCAUUCAGCGAGCUGCGGUUGGCACUUAAGAAAGUGGAGACGGAGACUCACUGGGUUCCAGUCAGCUGGACUCACUCCUGAGAUCCACACAGACUGUAAAAGUAGAAAAGGGAAGGGCUUUGACAAAAAUAUGCAGGAUUUUAUCUUUCUAUGUCUGCUGUGGCUGGUGUUGGGGGGCGGGCGUGGGGGGGGGGGGUAACAGGAAUAAAACAAGGCAGCAUCAGACAGCAGUGUUGCCAUACCUGGGCUGCACUGAGCUAAAAAUAAGCUUUUGCCUGGGAUCAGGUUGGAUUUAGACCUCAGCUGUGGUCUGGAUGUGGAUCUCCAGGUCUGAACAGAUCUGACAGGGUUGAGGUUAAGGGCGUCUGUCUAGAAUAUGAGCCUUGGACAUUGAUCUGUGUUUCAGUCUGGGUCACACAACCAUGGCCACGAGUUGGAGCUCUUCAGUCCAAACCAGAAUGUGGAACGAGCCUGGACCAUCACAGCGCCAGCAGCCCUGCCAGCACCUCAGCAACCGCGCCAACAAGGACUCCAUCUUUAGUGUGUUUAUAACAUUAAACCAUUAGAAACCAAAGGGACUGACAUAUUUCUUCUUGGGGGACAGCUUACAUGCAUAUGUCUGUUAAAGAACACAUCUGAGGGGAAAAAGGGGAGAAAAGAAAACACAUUUGCCUUCUGUCUUACUAUAUUCCUGUGCUUCAAUCAUGCUUUCAUGACUGUUACUCCAAACAAAACAUUGUCAGGUACACUCUGAAGAAAGGGCAGUAAGUGUAAUUUUAUUUAAGAGAAAUUAAUAUAUUUUCUAAUAUCCUCCAGUUGUGUUUUUUUGCAUACCUUUUGUAUACAUAUCUUGAUUUUUAGAGCAACCUUAUCUCAGCUGUAGCCACCUCUCUGACAGUUUUUUUUUUUUUUUUUAAUCUAGAGGCAUCUCUUCUUUCAGUCAAGUGUUUUGAUUUCAUCACCCAAGUCUAGUUUUCCCCAUACAAAGCACAUAGAGAGCCAUUUUAUUUAGUUGUGAGAUAUUCCAUUUAGGAGCAUUUUGAAAAGCCAACCCUCAUAUGAAGGUGCCCAGCAUAACAGCUUUGCUAUUUAAAGUCCCAGAACUGAACACAUUUAUUCACAUAAAAAUGCCUAGAGGGUCCACAGCACACUUAGGAUUUUAACUUAGAGAAAUGCUAAGUCGCCGCUCCUGACUUUGUGAACAUUAGGAGUUUAUUGCUAAUUCGAGUCUCUCAUUCCCAGUCUAAUGUACUAAUAUUUACUCAGUACUUUACUUUUUAAGCUUCUAUCAUAGAAAUACUUUGACAUUGAUUUUCAAAGCAGCUGCUCAGUAAUCCUGGCUGUAUUAUCAAUGACAAUGUUACAGCCGUGGUAGAUCCUUGGUUCUUUGUUGCUAAUGAAAGUAAAAAUCAGAUGAAGAGCAAUAUUUACACUAGUCUGCCCUCUGAUUUGUUUUCUUACCGAGAGUGAGUUAAAAGGAUCGACACAACUUUUCAUGUCGAUAUAUAUGGCUACAGCUAAGAGGCAAUUAGCUUAGCCUAGCAUAAAGACUGGAAACAGGGAAAUGGCUAGCCUGGCUCUGUCCAAAAAGAUGCCUACUGGCACCUCUAUGUUGUUUCUGUUUAUGAACAAGAUAUUUGUUCAUUUGUAAGCUUUAAAGUUGCUGUUACACGUAUUUCUUUAACUUUAGUGACAGAGACAGUUUUUCCCCCCUGGUUCCAGUCUGUAUGCUAAGUUAAGCUAAUUCCUUCUGGCUCUAACGUGUAGUCAUGAUAGUGGUAUCACUCUUCUCAUUUAACUCUUGGCAAGAAAGCCAAUAAUAUUUUCCACAAUCUCAAACUAUUCCCGAAACUUUUUUUUUAUACUUUGGCCAACCUUACUAUUCAACUCCUCCUAGAUUUUUUUUAUCAUACACUAACUGCAUGUCCAAUUUAGGUUGCAUACAUUUCUUCGUUCCUUUAUUUUGACCUUUUCCACCUACUAUGAUAUUUAUAUAUUAUAUAUUUCUUUCCAUUUUUAGAAAGGGUAAUAAGGGUGUUUAUGCUUUUGAGUAAUGGUAACACACAUUUAAAUGGGACAUCCCUCAUCCUUAACUUCUCCACUAGAUUUGUAUUCAAUUUAGUAUCAGAUGAAUUUCCCUUUUUUUAUUAUUUUACUUGUUCACAGCUACAUAUGCUACCCCUCUGUCAUCUAUUUUAUUGAUCAGAUUUGUACAGUCUCCAGAGAAUGUUUUUAAUUUCUUGCUGUAAAUGAAAUGCUGUUUACAAAGCAAGGUGUAUGAAUUUACAUUAUUCUUGAUAACUGCUACAUUUUAUAUUAAAGAAAAUCCAACUAAACUUGUA